AUGAGCAGCAGUGUUGAUGAUGAUAAUGGUGAUGUGUAUUUUUAUGUGAGCCGUUUACGGUUGUGCGUGUGUAUUAUACGCCCAUUUGUUUGCAUUUUGCGACUCUCUUGUUUUCUUAUUUUUGUUUUUGUUUUUAUUUUUGGCCACUUGCUCUCAACAAAACGACAACAAAAAAGGGGGCUCUCCCACUUUUUCAUUGCUGGUGCAGAAGUUAUAGCAAACAUGCGGCUUAUGACGCUGCAGCCGCGCCUGAGCGGACGCUCUUUUCACUCGCAGCAUCGUACGCCAAUAAUACCACAAAUACCUGGAGGGGACACGGUGCCGGGCUCGAAUACCGGUGUUUUAGUUGGUUAUCUCCUUCAUCGGCACCCGGUGUUGAAACACACACCGCAUCCACUUGAGAUGGAGAUGGGCUUUCUACUGGAACGUGAGCACCAGCGUUACUGUAGACACGAGGCGUCGGAGUCUGCCACGCACUUCAUGGGUCAGAGAGGGUUCUCCAUCGACGUCAUGAACCGCACUGACCCGCGCGAGACGAAAGGUAACUUUUUUGGCCUCGAUCUCUACCAGGAUGCCAUGCGUGUGGUGCUGCAACGCUACAAGCCGGAGAGGCGGGUGACACCGCAAGAUCUAUGGAAUCCCUCAGAGCUCAGCGCCACUACCCCGCCUCCGCGCCAUUCGAUUCAUCGCAAGAUGGAUGAUUAUCUUUACCUCAUCAUACAGGACGCAGCAAGCAGCAAGUGGACAGUGCCGUACACUGCCUUGAAGGAUCGGGAGACACUUCGCAUGGGCGUAGACAGGGCGAUAGCAAAGCACAAUAGCGAUACCCUGGACUGUUAUGUGUGGUCAAACGCGCCGCAGGCGACGGUGUCGAAUAAUGUUGACAACACUUGCCUCUUUAUGUAUGCUGCGACUUAUCUGAUGGGACGGCCUAGGUUUUCUGAAUUUGAGCCGACGCUGAAAGACCACGCGUGGGUAACACGGCACGAGAUGCUUCAAUACAAACAGGAGUUUCAGAGUGCCGAACUACUCGAGGCUCUACUUGACAUUUCUGCCGAUGGAAUAUUUGAGAGUUGA